AUGAGCUCUCAACCGUUAUUCUUCGAUAAGUACACCCCACUCUUUCAGCCACACGCCAACGGCAAGGAGCCCGAAUACGAGCUCCUCUUCAAGGAAGGUGUAUCCGUGGUCAAGGGGCCCGAUGAACUUGACUUCCUGAAGGUUGAACCCGAAGCUAUUGCCAAGCUCACACAGACCUGUAUCAGAGACAUCGAGCAUUACUUCCGGAGUGCUCAUCUCGCGCAGAUCCAGAAAAUUCUCAAGGACCCUGAAGCUUCUGCCAAUGAUCGCUUCGUUGCCCUCGAGCUUUUGAAGAAUGCAUGCGUCUCUGCUGGUCUUGUUCUCCCUUCCUGCCAGGACACCGGUACCGCAUGUGUCUACGGCUAUAGAGGCGAACGUGUUCUCACUGGUGGUCUUGACGGGCAGGCUAUCACCAAGGGCAUUUAUAACGCUUAUAAUCAAGACAACCUCCGUUACUCCCAGGUCGCCCCCUUGAGCAUGUUCGAGGAGAAAAACACUGGCAAUAACCUGCCAGGUCAGAUCGAACUUUACGCCGGUCACCCUGGCGAUGAGCUCGCUUAUAAAUUCCAUGUUAUUGCCAAGGGUGGUGGAUCCGCCAACAAGUUCGAGCUCUUCCAGAAGACCAAGGCCUUCCUCAAAGAGAAGGAGUUUGAGAGUUUCCUCAUGAAGGAGAUCGCUCACUUCGGCACCUCUGCUUGCCCUCCUUAUCAUAUUGCUAUUGUCAUUGGCGGUCAGUCUGCUGACCAAACUCUGAAGGUUGCUAAGUUGGUAUCCACUAAGUACUACGAUGGUCUUCCUACCAGCGGUGAUUCCACCGGUCGUGCCUUUCGUGAUCUCUACUGGGAGGAGAGGCUCCUCAAAAACUGUCAGAAGCUUGGUAUCGGUGCUCAGUUCGGCGGUAAGUACUUCGCACACGACGUUCGUGUCGUCGUCUCCCUCGUCACGGUGCUCCUGCCCAGUCGGCAUGGGCGUCAGCUGCUCGGCUGA